CACCAUGAACACCAAACUUGUUUCUUUCGUCUUGACAAUCCUGUUGUCGGAUUUCGUCAACAGCGCGACUUUCGAAAACGUAACAGUGCUAUUGACAACCCAACUGGGCAAACUCUUCCUCUAUGGAAAACCACCCAUCGCGGCCAUUUUUAUCCCGUCAUCCGAAACCCUCACCGACUACAUCAACCAUCAACCCCUCGAAGUCGUGACAAUCCGCAACCAAAAAAUCCCGAAACUCGUCGAAAACUCGCUUUCGAACUUAUCCAACAUCGUCCACCUAUCGAUAAUUUCCAGUGGAGUCACAGAGCUCGAACCCGGGACUUUCAAAAACGUACCAAAGCUAGACGGACUAAACCUGGAAGGUCUCCAAGUCAAAUUUAUCUACUUGAACAACAACAAAAUCUCCAUAAUUGAAAAUAACGCGUUUAAUAAUAUGACUUUAACGCUAAUCUCGCUCAACAAUAAUCGCAUUUCGGCUUGGAACACCAACUGGUUUCUUGGUAGUCCGGUAGGUUCGAUCUACAUAGCGAAGAACCUUCUCGAAGAGGUACCACCUCACGCGUUUGACUUCGGGUUGAAGUUCAAACGUUUGAACGUUCCGUUGACCCUCUGGAACGUGGUUUUGGCUCAAAAUCGGAUCAAAAAAGUCCACAAAGACGCGUUUAAGCACGUCAACGGUUUCGGUUAUCUCAGUCUGGCUGACAACCAUUUACAAGAGUUACCACCAGAAGUGUUCCAUUCGGUGAAAAACAUCAACACUUUGGACUUGACUAACAACAACUUGGGUCACGUGAAUGGGGUUUUCGACGACAUUAACAUCAACCAGUUGAUUCUGUUGAACAACAGUCUGAGUUGUUUCCCCAUGGAAGUGUUUGAUAUCUCUACCAUAAGCUACGUGUUCGUGGAUGGUAACCCCUUCACUUGUGUCUGUGUUCAAUUUUUCGAUUGAUUAAUUUUUUCCGAUUUUUUUGGUUUUCGAUUUUUAAUUUUUCAAUUUUUCAAAUUUCGAACCAAAAAAUACAAAAUUGUAAGAUUAAAAAUCAAAAAUAGAAAACCAAAAAGUAUAAAACGAAAUCUUUGAAAAAUUUAAAGAUUGGAAAUCAAGAACUUGAAAAAGGAGGAGGAAUCGAAACAUUUAAAAAUCGAAAAAUUUAAACAUUGGCCUUUUAUGACUUCCUCCUUUUGAUUACUUUCUUUAGUGAUUUUUCCUUUUAUGGAUAUUUUUUCCUCUCUUUUCAAAUUUUUUGUGAACUUUUUAUCCUUGUUUAUUGCAUUUUUUGCAUUUUUGUCACUUUUCGUGGACUUUUUUGACUCGUUUCUUUUGUUUUUGAAUGAUUUUUUUGUCACUUUUGUAGACAACUUUUUCUUAUCAUUUUUAGCGAAUUUUUUAUUUGGCUCCCUUUUUUGUAGCGUUUUUUGUCUUCUUUAUUUGUCGUGUUUUCGCAUCUUUUGCUGUCUUUUUUGGCGACUUUUUGUUUUUUUUAUGUUCUUCUUUGUGAUUGCUUUGGCACUUUUUUUCAGCUCGUUCUUGUUUUUUUUUUUACUGGCUUUUUUUGUUGGACAUUUUUGUGAACUUUUGUUCUUUUUUCUCUUUUUUUUGUUACUUUUUAUAGUUACAUUUUUUUGUUGAUUUUUUUGUCUUCUUUUUGUGAAGCUGUUUUUUAAUUAUUUGUUGGUUUAUUUUAGGGUUUUUUGUUCUCUUUUUUUGUGACCUUUUCUUUUGCAUUUUCUGACUUCCGCCUUUUAUUCGGAAUUUUUAGUCCCCUUUUUUUAGUCAUUUUUCUGUUGGCCUUAUUUUUCUGAUUUUUUUAUAGAUCUUUAUGUCCACUGUUUCUACAAUUUUUUUUAUUGUUUUUUUUUGUAAACUCGUUGUUUUUUUAUCACUUUUUGUUGUAAUGUCUUUCUCAUUUUGUGUUAUUGACUUUAUGUCCUGUUUUUAUUUUUUUUUGUAAAUUUUUGUGUUUUUUUUAUGGAAUAUUUUUAGACUUGUGUAGACUUUUUAAAUUUGUAUGGAUUUUUUAUCUCAUGGUUUCACAUUUUUUGUGGGUUUUUAAAAUUUUUUUUGGUAACUUUUCUCUAUAGCGUGCUUUUCAUCUGGUUUUGUCACCUUUUUUUUUUUCUUUUUUUUCUCGUUUUUUUGUGAUGUUUCUUUCACCUUUUAACCGCUUUCUCUAGUCCCAUUUUUUUUUGUUUUUUGUCCUUUGUUUUCACAUUUUUUAUAAUUUUUUGGUUCUUUUUUUGUCAUUUUUUUUGUAGCCGAGUAUUUUUGUGGACUUUUUGUCCCGUUUUUUAGGUCUUUUUAUCACCUUUUGUAGCCGAAUAUUUCUUGUCAGUUUUUGGAAUAUUCGGAAUUUUUAAAAUUUUUUGGAUAUUUCGUUUUUUUGGAUAUUUCGAUUUUUUGGAUUGUUGGAUUUCUUAAGGUUCCUGGGUUUCUUGCAUUUCUUGGAUUUUUUGUGUUUUUCGAAUUUUUGUGGAUUUUUUGAAUUUCAUUAAUUUUUUGAAUUUCUUGGAAUUUUUGGAUUUUUUAGAUUUUUUGGACUUCCUGGUUUUUUUCAAUUGUUUGGAUUUUUUUAACUUUUUAGUUUCUUUGAACUGUUUGGAGUUUUUACAUUCUUCAGAUUUUUUUUGGACUGUCCGGAUUUCUUUUUAUUUUUUUUGAUAUUUCGAUUUUUUGGAUUAUUGGAUUUAUUAAGGUUCCUGGGUUUCUGGCAUUUCUUGGAUUUUUUUAAUUUUUCGAAUUUUUAUGGAUUUUUUGGAUUUCAUUAAUUUUUUUAAUUUCUUGGAAUUUUUGGAAUUUUUAGAUUUUUUGGACAUUUUGGACUUCCUGAAUUUUUUGACCUUUUUGGUUUUUUUGAACUAUCUGGAUUUCCUGAGGGUCUUAGUUUUUUGCAUUUCUCAAUUUUUUUUUCGACUAUUUGGAUUUUUUUUAUUUUUUGGAUAUUUCGAUUUUUUGGAAUAUUGGAUUUGUUAAGGUUCCUGGAUUUCUUGCAUUGCUUGGAUUUUUUGUAUUUUUCGAAUUUUUUUGAAUUUCUUGGAUUUCCAUAAUUUUUUUGAUUUCUUAGGUAAAAAUCGAAUUCGAUUCAAUUAUUGACAAUUAAAGAAAUCAGAAAACUGAAAAAUUGGAAAUCCAAAAAUUGCAAAAUUGAAAACGCACACUCGAUUUGUCAAAAUUUACAACGAACUUUGACCAAUGGGGCUGUGUCAUGGUGCGAAACUUGUGACACAAAUAGAUGUAACAUCAACCGACAGAGAUCAUAAAUAUUAAUCGAUAUCUAAAGUAUGUGGAACACACAUAGAUAAAAAGGUUAAUUUUAGGGUCAAAAAUAAA